UCUGCCGUUUCAUUAAAUUUGUAGUAUUUGUUUGUAUUUAACUUUUAACGGAAACAUGUACAAGUGUAAUGCUUACAAAAUGUCAUGUAUUAAAUGUACGAAUUAAGACGAAAUCGAUGAACGAAUGAUUGAAAUGGCACGAUAAUGCGGGAGCUAUGCAAAAUAUAACAAGCUGUGAAUGAAAUAGUAUAGGAUAUGACAGAGUAUAAACUUCCUAUAUUUGAAUAUUUAUGAAUAUAGUUCAAAAGUUGUAUGAAAUUAUUCCGGAAUCUAAAUGAAUGGUGUUCAAAAAGCACAAAGUAAAAUUUAUUAUCUGUAUUGAGGCUAGGGAAUAUGUGGGUGUCUUAUGAAAUAUCAGCUUUUUUGUAAUCGUAAUAAUACAUUUAUUCUUGUAUCUCCUUAUUUUUCCUUGCGAUCUAAACAUGUUUUCCAUAAUAUUCAAUCUGCGGGAAAUUUUAGAAGACACUAUAGCCGAAUAUAUUGACGUGGAUUUUACAUUGUGGUUAUCGUGGCUUCUAAUGCCGCUUUUAAUAACAUUUUUAUUACCACUUGUGAUCGUAGUAUUAUUAUAUUUGACUAUGUUGAUAUUAUACGUAUACAAACUACACAGAACUAGAUUAAGAAACGCGUAUGGAACUGAUUGGAGGAAUGCAGCUCGUAAUGUGGUAGCUGCAGUUUGGGAUGCUCAUGGUUGGAUUUGGUAUGGCUAUGAAGUAGUCGGAUUAGAAAAUAUACCAGAAAAUGAACCGGUGCUUUUUGUAUAUUAUCAUGGAGCCAUUCCAAUAGAUCUUUAUUAUUUUAUAUCCAAAGUAUUACUUCUCAAUUCAAAAUUAAUUCAUACAGUAGCUGAUAGAUUUCUAUUUAAAUGCCCUGGCUGGUCCAUAAUUUCUCACGUAUUGAAAGUCAUACCUGGUACUGUUCAAAUAUGUUCUACUAUUUUGAAAGAAGGAAAUAUGCUCGCUAUUUCGCCCGGUGGUGUAUACGAAGCUCAAUUUGGAGACUCUUACUAUCAACUGAUGUGGAAGAAAAGAGUAGGUUUUGCCAAAGUUGCAUUGGAUGCCAAAGUGUGCAUAAUACCUUUGUUUACAAAAAAUGUUAGAGAAGCAUUUAGAACAAUAAGUUGGGGUAGAAGAAUGUGGUUGAGAAUAUAUGCUGCAACAAGAUUUCCUUUUGUACCUAUUUAUGGUGGUUUUCCAGUAAAAUUAACUACAUAUGUUGGUAAACCAAUUCCAUACGAUAGCAGUCUUACACCCGAAGAAUUACAAUUAAAAGUUGCUGAUGCACUUAAUAAUUUAAUAAGGCAACAUCAAAGAAUACCUGGAAGUAUAUCAUUAGCUUUAUUAGAAAGAAUAUAUAACGUGGAAAGGAAACAAUCGUAGAUUGUGAUAGUCAUAUGAGUAUCAUGAUAUUAAGGUACAUAAUUUGAAUUAGGGAAACAUUAAAAAUUUGAUAUAUUUUUUCUAGACUUCCGAACUUUACAUUUUUAGUCUAGGUGCUGAUCAUUUUAUAAUAACUAUUGAUUCUCGAACAUAAUUUAAAUUGGUAUAAGUUAAUAAGUAUUAACUUUACAUUAAUGAAA